AUGGACACAUGGAAUUUUGUUUAUGGAAAAGAACGGUACUUGCACGAGAUAGGGCACGCCAUUGGUCUCGUGCACGAGCACCAGCACCCCAACAGAGACCAGUACAUCGAGAUCCUCUACCAGAACGUGCAGCCGAGCAUGCGCAUCUGGUUCAAUAAAUAUUCCGCACAGGAAGUGGACCAGCUGAAAGUGGACUAUGAAUAUUCAUCUGUGAUGCAUUAUGGGAUAACUGCGUUUUCAUCGGAUGGUAAAUCGCAAACUAUUAAAGCUCUGCACCCCGAUAAGGAAAGCUCCAUUGGUCGCGUGUACCGGAAGGAACUAUCUUUUACUGACGUCAAGAUAGUCAACCUCAUGUAUCAAUGCGCAAAACAAUGUGACAGCUCCAUCGUCUGUAACAACGGUGGCUACGUGGACCAGAAUUGCAAGUGCAUCUGUCCCGAUGGCUCCGACUCCUGCUCCAAGGCCAAACAAGACGACAAAGAUGGCGAGUGCUUUAACGCCCACGAGAGUUGGCAAUGUGCCGUGUGGGCGAACCAGGGCAAGUUCCAGCGGAACCCCCGGUUCAUGCUGGAGAGCUGCAAGAAGGCGUCGACAUGCAAAGACAACUACGAGCGCUCCAAGUGUGACGUGUGGAAAGAGCACGGUGAGUGCAUAGUCAACAGCGAAUGGAUGCACAAGCACUGCAAAAAGACAUGCAACGCAUGCGCAAACUCGGGACCGGUCCCGGAUGGUAGUGAACUGCUCAAACAAGCACACAAAGGCGGGGAGUGCGAGAAAUGGGCGGCGGAAGGGGAGUGCCAGAUAAACCGAGUCUGGAUGCCCGAGAACUGCCGGAAGUCUUGUCACAUGUGCGGUAAAAGCGUCGUCGUCACCACAACCACACCCGAACCUGAUUACAACGGCGAAUGCGAAAACAUCCACAACACUCUUGAGUGCGACAAGUGGGCGCGCACCGACGAGUGCUCGCUGAACCCUGAUUGGAUGAUCCCUAACUGCCGGAAGUGCUGUAAGAAGUGCGAGGGAGAUGACGGCGGUGGGGGAGCACAAGAGUGCAAGAACACGUGGGACGACGUUCAAUGCACGGGCUGGGCGCGAGACCAAGAGUGCAUGAAGAACAGCGUCUGGAUGCACCGGAACUGCCAAAAGGCUUGCACGAAAUGCACACCAGACGGCUCGACUACCGAUAGACAAAAUGAGCAGACAACAACACAACCGCGCAUCACAACGCCAGGUGCUUGCAAAAACGAUCAUCGUAGCGACAAGGAGUGUGAUACGUGGGCGAAGUAUGGUCACUGUGACUUAAACGAAUGGAUGAAAGUCCACUGUGCGGCCGCGUGUGGCUCCUGCAAGUCUCAAGAGAAGACGACAACAACAUCAAAGCCUGAUAAAACGGACAACGGAGGCAACACUGGUGGGUGCGCGGACCAGGAGAAGCACUGUGCUGCAUGGGCGCGCCAUGGUUUCUGUGAGGACAACCCCAACACGGCACUGAGGAUCUGCAAGAAGUCAUGUAAUGCUUGCACCGUCGAGACCAACGAGUGCAAGGAUAAGCACCAGUUGUUCGGAGUGUGGGCACGUGGCGGCCAGUGUCAACGCAACAGCGGCUACAUGCUGCGCUCCUGUCAGAAGUCAUGCACCGUCUGCUAGUUCCGGUUAGGAUAUAAUUAUUGACGAACAUGAUGCGGUGUUUGCUUGUUCAGGCAUGAACAUAAA